AAUACCAUACUAAUCCUGGUUCCAUUUGCAGUUUUUCGGCAGCAGAUUAUGUAAAUAUUAAAACCACUUAGGUGCAAAUAUCUGUUUGAUUAAACCCCAAGAAAAGUUUUUAUUCUUCAGCGGGUUCACUACAGACGGAUUUAAAACAGCUCUGUGAUACACAAGAGAGAGAUAUUCAGUAACUUUAAUUGGUUCCACUUAAGAGGAAGAAACACAUCGAACUGAUAUCUGAAUGGUAUUUGAAGGGGAGGAAUUUUGGGCAAGUGUUAUCUCUUUUCAUUUCUUAAUGGUUCUAAAUCAUGGUCCAUUGUUUGCUUUGUUAGAAGAGAUAAGAUAAGGGUCCCACUCCUUCCAAGAUCUUCCACUAAGCAAAUCUAUUUGACCACAGCCACAUGGAUCAUCACGAUCACUUCUUUCAUUCAUUAACCUGCCCUGCAUGUCUUUGGAACGUAGGAGGAAGCAGAAGUACCAAAAGAAAACCCAUAUCAAACUGGGAUUUGAACCCAGAACACCCUGCACCAAGAUAUAGUGAUAGAGCUUAAUAUAGGUGACGUCAGAUAAAACCAUUGAGAUCAACACAUAGAGCGUCUUUAAGUAUUUGACCUUUUCCAUCCAAGCCGUGGAACUUCCUGGGAAUUCACACAGAGAGCUUUAGCCCUGCCUUCUUUGUGUGUAGGAAGAAGGCAGUCCCAGUUCUCUUUCAGUGGUGUCUGCUUGUGUCACACGGCUGUCAGUCACGUGUCAAGAAACCGGUGUUUGAGAACAUGAGCCAUGUGUGAGAAAUCUUAAAGAAACCUUACGAAAUGUUACCUGUCCAGACCUGAAGAUGAGAGUCCUGGAGGGGACAGGCGGGAUCUGCAGCUUGUUGGCUGCACUGCUGCUGACAUUCGCUGCGGCAAACAACCACAGUGGGGAGACAGAGACCCACCAUGCGAGUGCAGGACGCCUCCUCUUGCUGAAGUGUCACUUUCGACAUGCUCACACCAACGUGACCUGGAGCAGAGCAGGGAGUCAGAAUGGGAGCCUGCCCAGUGGAGUGGAGGUCCGGGAUGGGCUACUGUGGUUUCUACCUGUGCAGACUUCUCAUGCUGGAACCUACACCUGUGAGAAAAGGUACAAGACUGGACCAUUGAAGAUGAACUUUGGGGUGUCGGUGUCGUCCGGAGAGUGUCCUGAUCCAUCUGAAAACAUUUCAACCUCGAGGGGAGUCAUUCUCGGUCUUCCCUGCAAACAGAGAGAGAUCUUCCGACUGAAUAACCGCAGGAGCAUAAGAUGGAUGAAGGACUGCCGCCUAAUUGAGCCGAUGUCUUUGAAGGAGGACGGCUACAUGCGGCUGCAUCCGGCCUCAGAGGAGGAUGCUGGGAAUUACACCUGCCUGGUCAAUGUUAGCCUGGAUGGGAGGACCUACACAGCUGCACGUAGCAUCCAGCUGACCAUGAAAGAUAUUACACGUGUAAUAAUUACAGAACCGAUGGUGCUGUUCCCCAGAGGACAAGUGGUCCUGGUUGAAGUGGGUAUGAGAGCAGAGCUGGAGUGUAAGGCCUUCAUAGGUUUCAGUGAGGACCAUAUCACCUACAUGUACUGGACUAUUGGUGGGACAUUCACUGAGGAGCAUGAGGGACUCAAGGAGUCCUGGAAAUACACUCAUGAUAGUGGGAUGGUGUACGGUCUGUCCACUCUGUCCAUCUCUAAGGUUCCUCGUCUCUUCCUCGAUGUCCCCAUUCAUUGCCAUAUAGUGACCCAAACAGGAGAGAAAGACGGAUUGGUGCUGCUUCAAGAAGCCGACCACAGUGCCUUCUACACCACCAUUGCUCUGUGCCUUACUGGCAUCAUAGCCUCUCUGGCCCUGGCUGCAGGCUCCCUCUUCUUCAAAAUAGAGGUGGUGUUGGCUUACAGGAAACUAUUGAGAUAUUUUUCCAAACAAGCUCCAGAUGGGAAACUCUACGAUGGUUAUGUGAGCUUCCUCCAUCCAGACACCCUGAGCUCAUCUGAGACAGAGAACUUUGCCCUGCAUAUCCUGCCUGAGGAGCUGGAGAAGAAACAUGGCUACUCCCUGUAUAUCAGAGGACGAGACGACUGCCCCGGAGAAGCCUUGCAUGACGUCAUAGCUGCUACUCUCCAGAAGUGCUGCAGACUGAUCAUCUUACUGUCUAAUGAGACAAAAUCUCCCACUGAAGUCAAAACAGAGGAAAUGUCACCAUUAUGCAACGACCAAAACCAGCUGUGCUACGAACAGACAAUAGGCAUUUACGACGCUUUGACGCAGAACGACACCCGAGUCAUCCUGGUGGAAAUCGGUGGCCCAGUGGAUUACAACCGCCUGCCAGAGUCUCUUCACUACAUCAAGAGGAAACAAGGAGCUCUGAAGUGGGAGAACGCCUCACCUGGAACCCAGAGUCUCAGCAAGUUGCACUCAACCAGAAAGUUCUGGAAGAAGCUGAGGUACCACAUGCCCUCAGUGCCCGUAGGAAAACACCAGACAAUUAUUUAACCCAAGUGAAAAACUUGAUCCAGCCUCCAACAUUGAUUUGUUACAUCGUGAGAGGGCUGCUUCCUGGAGAUAAGCUGGGGUCUGACAUGUGGAAACCAGACUGCAAUCUGAAACGCACUGUACGCCAUUACGGGCCAGCCAGCAUCAAGAUUUUUUGUUAUCAUUACUGACUACUGUAAACACUGAGUCUUUGACCUGCUCGUUUCCCAGCUACGCAAGCAAUUCCACACUGUGUGCAAGGUAUUUGCUGAAUUUCUUCUUCAUACUAAAGAUUUUUCUUUAGAAAGACACUGAUUCACAUAUUUCUCCAGAUGGCUUUGCGGGCAGUGUGAGUGGGUUCACAUUGAUGCGCUGUAUUCGAGUGUGUGUGUGAGUGCUUUGUUUUCUAGUCUUGAUGACCACUCAAACCACACUUUACAGAGUGGUGACGACAUUUUACUCUACUGUUUUCCUCUUCAGGACAUAAUGGCUUAACACGAGGGCUCUCAGUAUCAUUUACUAGAAUGCAAGCCUAUUUAUAAAUCAGUAUAUUUUUAUAUUUAAGAUAUUCUGUUUCAGUUAUUGCAGAUAGCUUUUUUGAUUUUAGUAUUUUCCUUUGUCUUUACUUCUCUGACGUCCAAUGAAAGUAACAAAAUGGUUCGAAGAAAGAGAGAAAACCUUUCAAGAUAAUCUUAACUCGGUUUUCAGUAGUUAAAUCACAACUGAAUAAAUUGGUUAGAUAAUCAGAAUGAAAUGAGUGUCAGCUUUGGCAAUGUUCUUCAGCCGCCUGCUUCACCUUUUACUAUGACAGGAAACAUUUGUUGUGCAUAUCUAACCUGUGAUUACAGAUUUAACCUCCUAACUGUAUGACCUCAUAUUCUCUUGUUGCGUAUGUCAGUUAUCAUAAAAAAUCAUUUUCCUCUGCUGUUGUAACAGUAACAUAAUCUUAGUCUGACUGGAACCUUGUAAUUGUUGACAGAUUGGGGAGAGUACAAGGGGAAUUUCCUCCAUCUUGUUAUUUUAAAGGUUAUUCAAGAUUAUCCGAGGUCCAAGUUUCUCUAGAUGAGCAAUAUUUGGCUCAGUUUUAAGAAUAAGUGACACUGAAUAAAUAGACUGACUGAACCAAGUUCAAUUUCAAGUUGUGAUUUCAACACUUAAAGGCAUUUCUGUUUUUCAACUCAUCAGAUUCGUAGGAAGUUGGUGAAAAUGGCCCUAGAUCCAUCCCAAAAUUAUAUUGGUUCUUCCAUGGCCCAUGUUCCAUCCUUCUAGCAAGUUCAAAUAAAUUCACUUCAAAAUAUUUCUUUUAUGUAAUCCUGCUGACAGACAAACUCUUCGUUGGAGGUUACGAAGAAUUGCUGAGUGAUUUUGAUUGGGGAAAUAGUUUCAUCUUUUUCCAACUCUGUGUCCCUGUGCAGACAUAAAUAUUGAGAUGCUUGAAGCCUGUCUCAUGUUGAUGUAAGCUGAUUAGAAAACGGGUUUAGAUUUCCCGUACUUGCUGACAGAUGUCUUGUGUCCAGCAGCAACAGGAAAUAACUUCUUUUGAAAACCACUUAAGCUCAACGGCCUCAAACCACCAAUUUACCAUCUGAGUAAAAAAAGAAAGCGUAAAUGUUCAAAAACAGAGGCAUCAUUGUCGCAGCUUUAGAGGCAAACACUGAGCACAAUUCCGAGCUUUGAAUUCAAAUUUCUAAAUUUCAACUAUAACCACACAUUAGGCUUUAUUUGUAAGAAACGCCAAACAUAAGAAACCACAACCCUUCACUGACAGACUCUGUGAAUCUUCAACAAGUAUUUCCUGUUCAGCCUUUCAGAGAAACAUCUUAUCUUUGUUAUUUUAUCACUUCAGAACCUCAGAUAUCCUCUGCAGGUUUCUCUGUGCAGUCAAGUUCAAAAUAUUUACAACCAGUCAUUAGGAGAACAAGUAUUCAGGCGGAUAACUGCUUACAAUAUGAGAGUGAUUAUUUUUGGGGUAAUGUCUUGGCUUUGCCUCUGGAGCUGGUAAUGAGAAACAGUUGUCUUGGCAGCUCCACAUUGACGAGAGAAGUACUGUUUUAAAAACUGCAAACUCUAAAUAACUCGGGAGAAACCAUUUACUCACUGAACAAUGAGGUCUGUGUUGUUUAUGAGCAACUUAUGCAUUACAUCUUUAUAUUUUAGUUAAAGUACACAGGUUUUAUGAAGGCCAAUCAUCCCUGAUUACGCAAUUUUACAUGCUAGUCUCUUUUUGUCAUCUUCUGUAUAAAGUCAUUUGUUCUUUGCUCUAUUUGCAAUGCCCUUUAAAUGUUGCUGUAGCACAACACUUUCCCAAGUUGGGAUCAAUAAAGUACAUCUACUCAUCUGUC